UGGUUGUGUUCUGACCUUCAGUGUGGCGAGUGGUUGUGAUGUGAGCCGAGUGUGGUGAUUGAACACGUGAUUGAACACGUGAUUGAACACGUGAUAUUUCGCAGACAUUGCGCUUUCUGUUUGACAAGUACCGACUUGCUGGCAUGUACCCCACAGUCGGAAUGGUGGAGUUGGCAUCAGGGACAAACAAAUCACGAAUUAUAUUUCACUUUAACGUAAUUCUUUGCUCAUUUUAUCCAGGAGGCCUUCUUGUACGGAGAGCGUAGUUUUCAGACGUCCCCAGCGUAUGUGCUGUUGUGGUAACAAGGGCUCACCGUGUGCUAUGAAUUUAAAUACAAUAAUAAUCGGCAGAAAUGUAAAAAUAACAUGUGUUGAUUAUAUCCAGUUUGUGAUAUUUUUUUUUCAUCUUUUCAAAUCCUUUGUUCGCCCCACUCUCGAAAUUAAAUUGCUCAAAUGUUUCCAUUUCGUCUGCUCGAAAAUGCGCGCGUGUGUACGCCGCCGCACCUUUUAGCUGCCAUUAGCAGUUCACGGGGGCCACCGCUAUGGUUUUGUGGAGGUUUGAGGCUGCCAGGGAUUUCUGGAAAUGACACCGAGAUGGUGCCCCUGGCCAAUGUCAAAAUAGACGGGCAUUGUUCACGUUAAGUGUUGACAACUUUCUAUCGUGGUCACGCGCGAUUCCGAGUGCUCCAUUGGCGGUACGUAGUCCAAGAGGGCAAGGGCGUGAUUGUAACACAAAAUAAUCGCUCGCCGUCGUUGCCGACAACGCGGGUAACACGAUAAGCGUGCCGACAAUACGCCCCCUCCACAUCUCCCCCUCAAUAAAAUACAAGAAGUCUAUUUUUACACAUCCCAUUGUGCCGCACAGAACAACAUCGACAGCUUCGGUUCACCCGGACAGAAUCAACCUGUGCGCCGGCUUCGGCAUUGGGGGUUUGCAUCAGCAGCAUUCGGAUUCGUGCGAUCGGAGUAGACGCUGCUGCUGCCGCUCGGCCGACCCGUGGGGAGAAAGGGAAAUCAUUUAUUUUGGAAGUGACCGUGGGACUUGUGGGGGACAGCGCCUCGCUCGCUCUCUCCCUCUUCGCCAGCCGCGAGGUCACAGCUGAUGGAGGACCCUCGCUGGCCGAUGACAAAUGUUGUUUCGCGGCGCCAGGCAGCUGCCAUCCUCCCGACGCUCGUCAUGAAAGCAGCAGCAGCGGUAGCGGCAGCUGGAGGAGGAGCAGGAGGAGCGGCCGUCUGGACAAGCAUCCAGGGCAGAUGUGGAUCGUCUUUGCCGAAAACCGUAAAGCCUCUUCACACUGAAGACGCUGAUUAUUGUGGCGACACGAGGUUUCUAAAGGUUCGAGUCGAGGGGAUUCCUUUUCAAGCCGCCCGACUGUGCUGUUCCCCGUGGUGUCGCCGCGGUGUGCCAAGUUCGCGCCAUUCAGACACGUGGAUCGCUUCCCGCAGCAGCUGUGGGCCGACUACGGCGCGGUGUGAGGUGAAGGCUGCUGCGCCGUCUCCUUCCCGAAUCCCCUCCCGCACGUCCGCUCGGCGGCUUGCCGAACGUUUGAGGUGCGAUCACUCCAACUCAGAGGUUGACUCGCGUUCUGCACGGAGGUCGUUGCUGCCUCGCGCUGAUGGAUCGGUCGAACGGCGCCAAUCAAUAGAAGAAAAAUCAAGGCGUCAGGCGGAUGAAACUACACCCCACCUACACCCCACCGGAGACGAUUUGAUAAAGACCCCCACCUUUGUGGGCAUGAUAUUGGCAUCAUCGUUCGUAUCUGGAUCAGCGUGAGCCCCCCGCUUCAGCCCCCCCCCCCCCCCCCGCGUG